UUUGUGCCAGCCUCUGGUGGUGUUUCGUAACAAGCAAACUGAUUUUCAUUUUUUUUUUUUCAGGAGAGCUGCAACAAGCACAGCGAGUGCUGUCCAGGAAGCUGUGUGGUAGAAGCCAAAAUACUCAUUAACAGCUGAGAUGGCUAACGAACAGAACCCGUGCCCAUGCAACAUUGGAGACAAGUUUGAAUACAAAGGACUUGGAAACGACAUUUCUGUUGGGCAUAUCAAGGCCUACCUGAACAAACCAUCCGUCAGCACUGACAAAGCUGUGAUAGUGAUUCAUGAUAUAUUCGGAUGGCAGCUACCUAAUACACGAUACAUAGCUGACUUGUUUACGUCCAAUGGAUACAUAUCAAUUUUACCAGACUUCUAUAAGGGAGAAGAACCUUGGAAACCAUCUGAUGACUGGUCUAUCUUCAAUGACUGGCUAAAAACACGAGAUGCCAAGAAUGUUGACAAGGAAACAGAUGUGGUUUUGAAGUAUCUGAAGGAACAAUGUAAUGCAAAGAAGAUAGGUGUUGUUGGGUUCUGUUGGGGUGGAGCUGCUGUUCAUCAUUUGAUGUUGAAAUAUUCGGAAUUUAAGACGGGCGUGUCUGUCUACGGAGCUAUCAAAUUAGCGGAGGGCCAUUGCAAUCUGAAGAGCCCCACAUUUUACAUUUUUGGAGAGAACGAUGAUGUCAUUCCUCUUGACCAAGUUGCUGAGCUGGAACAAAAACUAAAACAACAAUGCAAAGUUGAUUUUGAAGUGAAAAUUUAUCCUGGACAAACCCAUGGUUUUGUACAUCGCAAGAAUGAAGAUAUUAAUCCUCAAGAUAAACCUUAUAUUGAAGAAGGAAGGAGAGACAUUCUGAACUGGCUGCAUAGAUACAUGUAAAGGAUCUGUGUAAUAAAUAAAAAUGUCAGUAGCCACAAAGAAAUUAGCCCUAA